GACAGCCAGUGCUUAUUGGAGGUAGUAUGGGGACCUGUAGCUACGUCCUCACAGGAACUGAACGCGGUAUGGUUGAAGCGUAUGGUACAACUUGUCAUGGGGCGGGUCGAGCCUUGUCCCGAUCGAAAUCCCGUCAAAAGAUUCCAUGGAAUGAAGUUAUCGAAGGCUUGAAGAAAAAAGGAAUAUCUAUACGUCUAGCUUCUCCGAAGCUCAUUAUGGAAGAGGUGU